GCUCUGUUCAAGCGCAGCUCAUUGCGCUCCAGACGCUCAACGCACCCGAGUGCGCAACACCGCUGGUGUUUAGGAUAGUAGACAAAACACAGUAUAGUGUUUAUUGCAAUGCCACACUUGGAACGAUAGAAAUCUACAUCUAUAUUCAAACAUUUGCAUACUUCAAAGCCUGUAUAAACCAACCGUGGCGCUCAAGUAUCCUUAAACAUGAGCAUCAUCUCGGAUGGCGGUGAUGUUCUUGAUGGAGAUAUGCGUGCUGACACUUCAUGACAAAAGAUACCCAACUCUGUUUUUCAGCGUCCGAUUAGCCGCGGCAAAGAAGAGGAGAGAAGAGCGCAGGAUGAAAAGCACUGGCUUACUACUGGGUUACUUUUUGAUGAAAGUUCUUGUGUGCGACGCGGAGGGAGAACCUGGGAAAAACCUGGAUGGUUUGGUCACGGCGUCCGGGUCCAACGACUCCAGAGACGGGGAAAACGGGCUCUCUGAGACCCCUCACACGGAGGACAGGUGUCGGGGCUAUUAUGAUGUGAUGGGUCAGUGGGAUCCUCCGUUCGUGUGCCGGACGGGCAGCUACCUGUACUGUUGCGGGACCUGUGGCUUCAGGUUCUGCUGCGAGUUUAAGAACUCCAGAUUGGAUCAGACCACCUGCAAAAACUACGACACUCCGCCGUGGUCCAUGACGGGCAGACCACCGCCGAAGAUGAUGGACCAACACGAUCCGACUAAGGAUAAAACGAAUUUGAUUGUGUAUAUCAUAUGCGGAGUAGUUGCUAUCAUGGCGUUGGUUGGGAUAUUCACCAAACUUGGUUUGGAGAAGGCGCAUCGACCUCACAGAGAGAACAUGUCCAGAGCGCUGGCCCAGGUGAUGCGCCAGACAGCUCCGGGAGAGCAUGUGGAGAGAGAGGAGAGCUUGGCGGUGCAUGGACAGCACUACGAGAACAUGCAGGCCAGAGCAACAGGAAACAACCUGCAGAGUGCCCAAAUAAACAGUGUGGGACCUGGGUCGUCUAUGAUGCAAGCUAUGACACAAUACCCUGCCCUUGCACAGGUACCUGUAGCCCACCCCUAUGAGCCAUCUCAACCUGGAAAGGAGCUCAACAAGUACGCGUCGCUCAAGGCUGUGGGUAAGACGGCAACGCUAAAAUGUGCAUCUGAAAAAGCGAACGAAAACUUCUACACUAACAGACGGCACCUAGCCGACCUGGCGGCGAAAGGCACUCUUCCCAUGCACUCGGUGAGUCUGGAGCAGGAGCCCACCAACCCGUACAGCCCCGAGCUGCCCUGCCAAAAGCAGAACGGCCACAAGUCCAAAAGCACCAAGGUCCACAGCUCCCACCCACUAGCUUUUGGCUCAAACACCAUCGCAAACCCCGGCAUGCUGAAGGGCUGGGAGGCAACAGAAACUCUGGGCCGCCGGCACACGUACGCCCCCAAGAAGCACAGUGCCACUGUGGAGCAAGUGAAUGAGCUGACGUCCGCCCACAGCCAGCACUACCUGCCGCCACAUCCGUACUUUGUCACCAACAGCAAGACUGAGGUGACCGUGUGAACGGGGCCGCAACAACGGGUUUAUCGAGCCCAGGCCUGAGUGGAUGCGUGGAUCGGAGAACGAGGAAAAUAAGGGAAGCCUGAUGGAGGAAGAAGUGUGGAUUAGGACCGCGUCCUGCUGGAAGGAUUGACCGAGCGGUCUGGCUCGAGAUCUGCAUGGCUGUAUGUGUGCUGUUUGUCUUUGAGCGGCCGUGCAUUGGCCUCAUUUGAAUGGGAAAACGUAAGCUUGUUCAAAGGAACUCCAUUCCAUCACAAAUGAACAAUCUGACCUGUAGUGAUGAGUUUUGUCACAAGGCUAUCCGUCAAAGUGAUGCAAUCAAACGUACUAGAUGGAACCACCGUCAUGUUUGAACAACCUGAACGUUUGUGAGAAAGUCGCUCAAGGUACACUACCAUGUUUUUCUUGUACAUAACAGAAUGUUACCAAGGACGUAAAACGUCAAAAGCUUCCUCGGAUAAUCAGUCUGGAAGAUAAAACAUGAUGUGAGGACAAUCGUGUCUCAAGUUCUUCUCAUCUCAACACUCGAGACUUUCCAGAGCGUGUGCACCAAAACCUCCUGUAGCAAUGUAACACGCUCUAUCCUGAUAAACACUGGGCUUGUGCCUUUCCAACAGAAGAACUCAUUAUCUAAGAGAUCUUGUGCUUUUCAGCGAGCACAUGGUGUUUCUUCAAUAACAAAGAUGCAUAAAAUAUAAACAAAUCUAUUGUUUACGGCUGUCAUACUUCAGUAGAAAAUGUUGAUUGUCGGUGUUCUUAAAUACACAUUUUCCCUUCUGUUUUGCCAUUUUUCUCUGAUGUGUUCACAUAUUGUGUGGCCCUAUCUUUUAGUGCAACUGUAGACUGUAGACAAAGGAAUUACCGUAGGGUUAAUGAUAGACAUUCAUUAUUUUACAAUGUUAGAAAUGAAUGGUUAAUUCUCAUACCGAACAAGAUUGUUACAACACUGCCAUUGUUGCAUUCCACAUAUUUUUGGUAUUGAAAACUGAUUCAGUAGUUUUCUUUGUCUUUAGCAUCAUAAUGUGAACCGUUUCAUUUAGCAUAAGGGCAAAAGGUUGCAUUCAGUCUCGAAAAUGAGCGUUUUGUCAUCCACACUGAAUUUAUCCCAAGUAUCUGGUUGUGAAUAAUGUGGAUCACAUAAACUUUAAUUGCUGUGAAACAAGUGGCUUUAUCGGAGUACAUUUAAAAUGUUUUUGACCUAAAUCCUUUACUCACGUAAAUCGAGAUUAGCAGGCUAACUCAUAGUGAAAAUAAAUAUCUCGUAGUACAGCUUUCUGCAGUGUCACACGCUCUUAUUUUACAAGUAGGAAACUCAGUAUUUACAAUGUGUGACCCUGAAGCACAAAACCAGUCACAAGGUUAAAUAUUUUGAGAUUUGCACAUAAUCUGAAAGCUGAAUAAAUAGUAUUUCCGUGAAUGUAUGGUUUGUUAGGACAAGACAAUAUUUGGCUGAGAUACAACUAUUUGAAAAUCUGGAAUCUGAGGGUGCAAAAAACUCAAAAUAUUGAGAAAAUCGCCUUUAAAGUUGUCCUAAUGAAGUUCUAAGCAAUGCAUAUUACUGAUGAUUUUUACUUAAUAUCCUAAUGUUUUGUGGCAUAAAAGAAAAAUCUAUAAUUUUGACCCAUACAGUGUAUUGUUGGCUAUUGCUACAAAUAUAUCCGUGCUACUUAUGACUGUUUUUGUGGUCCAGGUCACAUAUGUAGGUGGUCACACUAGAUUUUGAGUUUUUUUAAGCUUGGUGAACUCUGGUCUGCAAAUCUGUAUGGUGAUGUUUGGCCAUUAGAGGAUCUAAAUGUCACAGACUGACCUGCUGCUGGUGGCACAGAAACUGCACACUUAAACUUUAAGGCUAACAGAAUAGGUCAACCAAAAAUAAAAAUUUGCUGAAAAUCUAUUCACCCUCAGGCCAAGAUGUACAGUAGCACAUGAGUUUGUUUUUGUUUCUUCAACACAACAGAUUUGGAGAAAUUCACCAUUACAUUACUUGCUCACCAAUGGAUCCUCUGCAGUGAAUGGGUGCCGUCAGAAUAAGAGUCCAAACAGCUGAUAAAAACAUUACAGUAAUCCACAAGUAAUCCACACAACUGCAGUCCAUCAGUUAACAUAGUGUGAAAUGAAAAGCUAAGCAUCUGUAAGAAACAAAUAUUGCUUUCUCCAGUAUUGAGGAGAGAAAUAUGCUCAAGCACUAUUUAUAAGUGUUUAUAAGAUUUUGAAAUGACAGGACAACACAGGACUUUUUCACUAAAGAAAGCAUUAUUAUAGAACCAUCUCUUUCGCUUUUAGCCAGAAGUGAAGGUUUACCGUUAAAAUGGUUUAAUGAUGGAUUAGUUUUGCUUUUCACUUCACAAGAUGUUAAUUGAUUAACUAGAGUCUUAUAGCUUACUUGUGGAUUAUUGUGAUGUUUUGAUCAGCUUUUUGGUCUCUCCAUCUGACGGCACCCAUUCACUGCAAAGGAUCCAUUGGUGAGCAACUGAUGAAGAAAAACUUAUCUACUCAUCCUAAAUUUAUGGAUAUUACUUUCUACCCUAAUGCAAUGUGUAUUUCAAAAUACAGGUAAAACACCUGUGAAAAAAAAAUCAAUAUAGACCACAUCGAGCUGUAUUUCAACAGAUUUUUCUUCGAGAGAUGGCAACCUUUCACAAUCUUAAAACUAAAGGUGCUUCACGAUGCCAUAGAAGAACCUUGUUUGUCUAAAUGGUUCCAUAAAGAACCUUAAAUAAGUACUGAAAGAAGGUUCUUCAAAUUAUAAAAAAGUAAGAGAUGGUUCUUUAAAGAACCUUUGACUAAAUGGUUCUUUGAGGAACCAAAAAAGGUUCUUCUGUGCCAUCGCUGUUAAGAACCUUAUAAAGCACCCUUAUUUUUAAAAGUGCAGGACAGCUAUUUAAAUGAUAUCUGUCAGCUAGUGACAUUUUAUGUGCGGUAUGUCUUUUACUGCACAUUUAAAUGUUUUAAAGCACAACGGAAAUUAAUGAUCUGCCCCUGGUGAAGUCAUCGGUACAAAAAUUGGAGCACUGCAGCAGUAAGUUAAAUAAUACUAUUUAAAUUAACAAUUUAAAAUGUUAAAAAAUCCAUAAAGUGCAGGAAAAUUCUGAUAAUAUUUUUUCAAAUUUAUUCCAAACAGAAGCCCUAAGGCAUUUCAUCAUAUCCUUUUGCCCAUAUUCAUUGCAGGCCUGCAAUAAUUCCUCAAAUCUAGUGUGACCACCCUAGCCACAGAUUAAUAAAACAUUUUAAGAUCUGCACAUAAUAGAGUUUGAAUCCAAAUCAUGUUGUAUGUAAAUCUGGGGUUGAUUAUUUAUGAUGAGAAAUAAAAAUCUCUGUCAAAAUCUAGUGAUAUAGCAAUAUCCAUAUUGUGUCAAAAUUUGGCCCUGCUCUAAAAGAAAAACACUGCUGCAAAAUAAUAGAAGCCCUGCCUUCAGUUUAACUGCUUGUCUUCUUCAUACCACUGAAUACUGUCUUUGUGCGUCACUGCCAAACAGCCUGCGACAAACCAGUACUUAAGACUGACAUAAUGGCCGCUGGUCUGUCAGUCACUGAGUCCACUCAACAUCUAUUAAACCUGAGUGUCUCACUGCAGGUCAGCUCAUGACUCAGAGCGCACUACAGGAUCACUCACCGGGGGGCACGCUUCUUGGAAUUAAAUCACAUAGUGAAUACCUUUUCCUUUGAAAUCUCUGAACACCGCAGAAAUGGAUUAGCACAGAUAAUGUCAAGAUUCGACGUGUAGCUAAAAAGACCUGCACAGCUGGAUUCCAGGGCUUUAGUCUGUCUGCAUAAUCUAAUGUAUGAAAUAUCCAUGUGGGAAAUAAUCUAGGUUAACUAUUGGGAGAGAAUUCACUAUAAAUUAAUUGCGCUCACUGAUUAGUUUAUUAGCACUGUUUUAGCACCAAAGGUAAAGACAAUAUAAAAUACAGCAGACUCAUUUGAUGAAUUACUGCUCCCAUGAUUAAUAUAAAAUGUACAGUGUUAAAUGCAAAUAUUGCAGGAUUUGUGAUUAUGAAGCAAGUAUGAUAAACCUGGAUAAACUACAUGAUUGGAUAUCAGAUUUUGAUUUGCGCGAGAGAAAUUAUUUUUGGUGAACUCUGACCUUUAAAUUUGCUUACCAAAAAAAAUUCUGAUCAAUCCACCUUAUUCUUAUGCUCCAUGAUCCUUUGCAUGAAUUAUGGGUAUAACUUCCCUUAAGCUGUACACAAUAAGUAAAAGGCUUGCUCUAUGAAUGCAAUAAUACGUUUAUUUUUAUAACGGAUACAAUGAGAUGACUUUAUUCUAUUCACUCUUAAACCACCGAAGAUUAAAAUGACAUUUAAAAGUGUAAAAGCAUAAACAAGGUACUUUUAACAGACUAUAUGAAUAACCCCCAAAGCACAAUUGUUUCCAUAGCAAUAACGGACAGGUGGAAUAUAACUGUGGUAAUAUAUAUCUGUAUUAUGUAGUAACAUAUAUUGUCUUAAUUAAAAAUGUUCAUUAAUUUAAGCAUUGCGUGAUAAUAUUUCAAAGUGAUUUCCAUCAUUCUGACAGAUAAUAAAUAGUAUUUACCUGUGAGAGAGAUGUGAGGAUUUGAGGAGAAAUAUGAGAGAUUUGUUGUGCAUUCCAGGGAAUUAUUAAUGAAAUAUUUCAUAAAUUAAUUCGGGAGAUUGUCCUUUUUCAUACUAUUACAGUGAAAUGCAAAGAGAAAAAAGAUGUAGAAAUCAUGUGGAAGAGAAUGCAGCGACUGAAAAAAAAGCUCUUGCCAUAGAUUUUCAUGUUAUAACGUCACGUUAAAAUACCAAGCAUUACGUUAUAUCAUGAUGUCUAAAAAAUAAAACAUGAAAGAAAAUGUAAGGUACAGAUAUGUAAGCUUUAUUUGUAGGGCAAUCUUAUGAUUUGAAAUUAUUCCUUUCAGUCUUUUUGAAUGGAAGUUCCCCAAAACGGAAGUGUCACCCAUUAUUCAAAAUGCAGUUGGCUCAUCAGGAAAAAGGUGGAUAGAAAAUAUAUAGUGCAUCAUAUCAUGUUGCUGAUAUGAAUUACGGUGUCCUGUAGCAUUCACAUAAUCAAAUCUAGUGUAAAUACGUCUUAAUAUACAUAGUAAAACAGGCUUGCUUGCACGGAAAAUAUAAUAAUUUAAAGCUAAUAUCUAUUUACACUAAGUGAAAAUAGUCAAUCGUGUUGGCUAAAGCUAAUUUCACUAAAGGCAUUGUCACAUUUACUGUUGUUCGGUGAAUUUCUCCAUUUUAAAUCAAGCUUGGCCUUCUGAAGCAAACUGAUGUGUUUUUGUAAGAAAAAUAUCCAGAUUUAAAACUUUUUAUUACUUUUAAUAGAAUAUGCUAGUCUUGCUAGAAUCAAGUUUUGUUUACAGCAAAGGAAGACCAGUCUUGACUUGGCUUAUAUUGUAUUUCUUUGAUAUUUUUCUUUAAAAAUCCUUUUAAUCUAUGGCCGGUGUUUUGUUUCGCUCUCUAAUCUGCAGUUCUGUGUUUGCCACUUCUCACCAGAGCUUAUGCUACGCCUACAUCCUACACCAUCCGCUGAAAUGCUACUCUCUCAUGAACCCACGUACAACAGUUAACAGAAGCUAGAGAUUACGGUUAAUAAAAUUUUAAAUAUGGAUAGUUUUUCUUACACACCUGCAUUAAUUUGCUUCAGAAAGCUUUUAUUAACCCCCCGGAGCCAUGUGGAGCAUUUUUUAUAAUGGAUGUAUGCACUUUAUUGGGUUUCAAAAUCUCAGCACCCAUUUACUUCCAUUAUAAAGCUUGGAAGAGCCAGGACAUUUUUUAAUAUAACUCCGAUUGUAUUCGUCUGAAAGAAGAAAGUCAUAUACACCUAGAAUGGCUUGAGGGAGACUAAAUCAUGGGGUAAUUUUCAUUUUUGGGUGAACUAUACCUUUAAAUAUUUGCUCAGACAUUUACAAAUAGCAAUGUCUAUUUGCACUUACCGUAAAAAAGAUGAUUUUUGUUGCUAUUUACACUGACGAUAUGUACUACACUGUCAAAAACUAUUUGUUGAGUAAACUUAAAAUAAUUUGUUACCUGGCUGCCUUAAAAUUUAAGUUAAGUCAACUCAAAAAAGUUUAGUCAAUUUGAAAUGUUAAGUUGUACUAAGUGACAACUUAGAUAUCUGAGUUGAUUCAACUUACAAUUUUAAGUCAGCUGAGUAACAAGCUCAGCUUUUCAGUUUAACAAACCAAAUUUUUUGUUUAGUCAACUCAAAUAUCACUUAGUACAACUUAACAUUAUAAGUUGACUAAACUUAUUUGAGUUGACUGAACCUAAAAUUUUAAGGCAGCAGGGUAACAAAUUAUUUUAAGUUGACUCUUUGUUUUUUUUUACAGUGUAGUUACCAAAUUUAACCUAACACACAUACAGCACUAUAACAACGUAAGCAGUACCUGGUUUAACUAGAUUAUGAUUGAUUAGUGGAUAAAACUUUUUGUGCUAAAAUACCUCAAGAAAAAUGUGACGCAACUGUUUAGUGAAUUCGUCUCUCAAUGUGUUAAAUGUAUGAAACCCCAUGUUAUGUUGAGCCUACAUAGGGGGUAGUCACAUUACUGAUUGCUGUUUCCACCUCUCAUUGUGCCUUGCUGAUCAUUAACAGACUCAUUUUUAUGUUUUUAUUCAUUUGUUUCCAUUUAUCAGUUUUAUAGCGGAUUGGAGUUGGAAUGAAUGCACAGAAAGAACAUACAGAGGUUUUUAUCAUUUGACAUCAGCACAAAGUCUUAUUAGUUAGAGACGUGAUGAACUAGUACAUAACGGAUGCCGUCUUGAACAGUCAGCUGUACAUUAUAUCACAAAAGGGCUGAA